ACUUGUCGUUCCUCCUCCUCAGUGACUCCGCUCUCCGGGUUUUCUAGCUUGCCUCCUUCUUGUCCCACUCACACACACUGUCAGAGCGCGGAGUUGACACCCUCUGGCCACUGUAGCCGUUGCGAGGCAGCCUGCUCUUUCCUCAGCUGAAGCUCUCAUUGACUCGGGUCUGUGUCCUCAUGCAAGGCUGCUGAAGAAGCUCUGAGAAUCAGGUUUUUUCUUCUCUCUUUGCUCCUGACUCACUCAGAUCAGACUCCUCAACGCUUCAUUACAGCAAAGCUCCUAAAGACAAGAGGAUAAAAGUGAACGUUUAAUUUCAAGACUUGUCACUGUCUACUAAUACUCUUCACAAUGUCUGGCGAUGAUGCACCUGCUCAGCAGCAAAACUCCGAGGAAACAAAGCAAGAUAAUAAACCCAGCGAGGAGCCGAAAGCUGAGUCCAAGCCGGAGUCCCCACCAGUCAGUUCCACCGAGGCGGCAGCCACACCAGCGGCGACCGAGAAGGUCCCCGAGGAAGAGCAGUUCACCUACCGCUCUCUGGUCCUUUCCGGCUACGGGGGCUAUGAUAAGGUGAAACUGCAGGUGAAGAAGGGGAAGCCGGCACUCAAGGCCGGAGAAGUCAUGGUGCGGGUCAAGGCAUGCGGGCUGAACUUUGCCGACCUGCUGGCCCGGCAGGGUCUGUACGACCGGCUGCCGUCCCCACCUGUCACGCCAGGGAUGGAGUGCUCCGGGGAGAUCGAGGCUGUGGGAGAAGAGGUGACGGAUAGAAAAGUGGGUGACAAGGUGCUGGUGCUCAACCGCUGUGGGCUGUGGCAGGAGGUGGCCGUAGUGCCCGCUACCCACACAUUCCUCAUCCCAGAGGGAAUGACUUUUGAGGAAGCCGCCGCCCUCCCCGUCAACUACAUCACCGCCUACAUGAUGCUGUUUGACUUUGGCAACCUGAGGCCCAACCAGAGCAUCCUCAUUCACUCUGCUGCAGGUGGGGUGGGCAUCGCGGCCACCCAGCUGUGUCAGACAGUGAAGGACGUGACCGUGUUCGGGACGGCGUCGGCCAGUAAGCACGAGACCAUCAGCCAGGGCGGAGUCACGCACUGCAUUGACUACCGUACACGGGACUACGUGGAGGAAGUCCGCAAGAUCAGCCCCAAAGGGCUGGAUAUUGUGCUGGAUCCUCUGGGAGGCUCAGACACCCACAAGGCUUACAACCUGCUGAAGCCCAUGGGCAAGCUCAUCACCUACGGUGCAGCUAACAUGCUAGCAGGCCAGAAGAAGAACCUUCUGGCGGUGGCUAAGACCUGGUACCACCAGUUCUCCAUCCACACACUCAGCCUUAUCCAGAACAACAAGUCAGUGUGUGGCUUCCACCUGGGCUACCUGGACGGAGAGGUGGAGGUGAUUCAGCAGGCCAUGACCACCAUCCUGGACCUCUAUAAACAGGGCAAGAUCAAACCACGCAUCGACUCCACCUAUCAUCUCGAACAGGUGGGCGAUGCCAUGCGGAGAAUGCAGGAGAGAAACAACAUCGGCAAGGUGAUCCUCAUCACCGAGCCUAUGCCAGAGGAGGAGAAGAAAGAGGAGCCUAAGAAAGAGGAGAAGAAGGAGGACAAGAAGAAGGAGGACAAGAAGAAAGACGACAAGAAGAAGGAUGACUCCAAGAAGGAGGACAAGAAAGAAGAGAAGAAGAAGGAAGAGCCGAAGAAGGAGGAGAAAAAUGAGGAGAAAAACGAGGAGAAGAAAGAGGAGAAGAAGGAGGAGCCCAAGAAAGAAGAGAAGUGAGAGUGAGGGAUUGAUGGAUGGAUGGAUAGUCAGGCAGGCAGACCAUAGGGGAGCUCUUGUCCUGGGAGCAGGGGUUUGGUUUGGGAGGGGGUGACAGGGCAGGGGAAAUGUGGUGGGGGAGGGAAAGGGAUGUGUGGUGUGUGUGUGGAUUGGAGUUGGGAGAGCAGGGGAUGAGGGUGGGCUUUAUAGACACAUUGCACAGCAGUCACUCUGUCAUCCCUACCAUCAUCUCUCAGACCCCUUCCCAGUCCACUCUGACAGCGAAUACUCAGGCCUGGGCCUUUACCCACCCCUCCCCCUCCUCCCCUCUCUCUCCUUCCCCACUCAAGCAAGGGUCACCUUAUUUCUGAAUCCCUCACGCUCCCUCAUCCCAAGGCACCUUAAUGAUAGCCGGGCUCACAGAACAGCUCCCGCCCUCACCUCGCCACCAUGGGAAAAUGACCACUACGAUAAACUCUCCUUUGACUCAUGUGAUAACUGUCUGAAGGUGUUGCCUGUUGAGACCCCAGAGAGAGAGUCCGAGAGAGAGACACACAGAGGGACAGUGUGGGUGUAAUUCCCAGGCCUGGGGUGCAUCACCGUUGCCUUGACAACGAUAAUUCGCCCCGUUCCAACUCACACAGUGCCCCUCCUCCCUCCAUGUCGACUCCCACUAUGCUAAAUUGCCCUGCCCUGACUUCCACCUGUCACCUCUCCUUCCUCCCCUCUCCCUCUAUUGAGUUACCCCUCCCCCUCUCCCUAUGGUAUAAACCCACAGACAGACAGACAGACAGACAGACAAACAGAACCACACCCACCCACCAUCUCACAUACGGUCCAGUGUUUUGUUAUGUCACUGUGCAUGAGUCAGUCAGUGUUUGCUUGUCUGUGAUUGGCUGUCAGCUCGCCUGGAGAUGUUUGCAUGGCUGUGUGAUGCUUGACUCCAAAGCCAGUGGUUUACAGAACUCCCCUGUCAAUCACCACUACCCACUCUUUAUUUAAGUAUAUAAAGAAAGGUUAGUGGCACGUCCCUUAAAUGCCAUGGCACUUCUAGUAUCACACAGCUCCGCCCUCACAGCUGAGCCCACACUACAAAUCCCAUAAUCCUAGAGGUGACGCACUAGAGACCAGACAAUAGUGUGUGACAGGAUGAAGCUCCAGACAGAGAAUUAAUGAGCCAUUUGGUCCAGUAUUAAGUAGGGAAGGAGAAAUUAGGGCUUAGUUUUAGUGCUCUAUAGUCACUGAUGUUUCUAAUGAACCAACUGUUGGCAAGCAGUGCACAGUGUCAAUUAGGAGAGAAAAUUGUCUCUCUUCAAACAAGGCGCACAAACACACACACACACACACACACACAGGGCGAUGUGUUCAAAGGGGCAGUGUUGUGUAGAGACAUGAAGACAUGUGAACGGAGUAAGAUAGAGUUGAAUGCCACCCAGUUCCUUGAUAUCAGACCCUGUUGCUCCCCUGACAUUCCACUCCUUUCACAGUGACCGCUUGCCUGUCGUUCACCCUGAUCUGAAACAGGGGAGUUUAGAAGGGUAAAAAAAACUCCUGCUGCUGUGCAUUCUCACCCGUCCCUCCCCCUUCUCCUUUCUCUACAUCUCUCUCUCUCUCUGUGGUCGGCAUAGCAACAGGCACCAGGCUCGUCAGAGAUGGCGCUCUGGUCUAUUUCUCGGUCUAUCGAGAGUGAGUGUGUGAGUGAGCAGUAAAUUGUCUAAUGAAACCUCGGCUUUAGUAUUAAAGCUGUAGUACAGAGCAGUAAAAUCAGGCUAAUAUCCAGGUUUCUAUACUCUGGAAAUAUUUCUAUUUGUAUCGGUAUAUUAUGAGGACAUUCAAAUCCCAUAUAGUCUGUGUGCUGGUGGCACACCUAGGGCCACAAUCAGUAGUUGGCCUCUCCCAUAUGAAUGCACUGCUGCCCCUUGUGGACAUAAUUUAGAACAGCAAGACUGGUUUUCAGAAGUUGAUUAUAGGCGACUCCUUUGUAUCAAUAAAGCGGGGUUUUGUUUACGUCCUCCUCUAAAUGAUAUUGAAUUAAUCUGAUAUUCAUUCUUACGUCAGAGAUGAAUUGUCUAUAAUAAACCAUGGGCGGAAGCUAAACCCGUUAUGAGCAGGAGUCCUGCAGUACGGGCUUCAAAAACACCCCACUACUAUCCCAUUUGGAAAUAUGUGAGAAUCCAUGCUCUUUACACACUUGUCUGUCCGCCUGCCUGUCUGUGAAGAGUCUCAGAUGGUGACUAGUGACUUUGUAAAGAAGUUGUUGUGUUAGCAUGAGUGACCUCCCUCAUGUUGUGUGUCAGUCAUUGUUGUGUGAAGAUGUCUGUGUCCUCAGGUCGUUUGUCAGGUUAAGAAAAGACUCCCACCUCCUCAACCCCAUUACAACCUCCCCUUCCUUGCACUCUUUAUCUGCUUCACAGCUGUCUAGCUCUAAUCCUUUGUUUCUCUCUCUCUUUCUCUCUCCUCCCCUUCUCUGACGAGGCCAAUGUUAAGAGGACAGUUGGUAUAGGUAUUUUGCACUCUGCUCGCUGAUCUUAAUGCACUUCCAGGCAUGGCAGUCCCACUCCAGUCCCACUGUCUCUGAAUCCGCUCCGCUCCUUCCCCACUCAAAGAGACCAUACUGUAUCUGCUGAAACUCACUGGAAGUACAGUGGAAGUGACAUUUUUGCAUGCACUCAAAACACAAACACUCAUCUCCUCCUCUAACUUCUGCCAGCUUCUCCUGGGUGGCAGCUCAAAUGAAACCAUUCAUUCAUCCAUGGCUGUGAAAGUGACGACCCGGUGUAGCGGGGACAGCAGUGGGCCUGGGACGGAGUGUGAGUGCCAUGCCGGUGUGGGGAGUGACUGUGUUCUGUCAGGCUCUGGUUAGUGUUAUUUUCUGAUCUGCUGGGCUCCUUCUGUGAACCCGUGGACCGGUGCUUUUGUUUUCUGAAUGCCAUGUGAGAAGCUAAUGCUUCAGUAAAAGGAUGUUUUACUUAAUAGGUAUCUUUUUUUUGUUGUUGUUUGACUUAAUGUUUUUUUGUUUUGUUUUCCAAGGGGUUUAAAGUUCAAAGUUCAUACUCUUUACGCAGGGACCUUCCUAACUACAUUCCUUUUCAAUGUGAUGAGCCUUUCUGUUGGGCCUGACCAUUUGUGCCAAACUGUAUGUACUCCUCUGCCAAUGCCUUGACUACAACGGUGCAUUCAAUGAAAAGGAGAAGAAGAAAAAAUGUUUCUGGGUACUUUUCCUAUGACCUUGUAGAAAAACAAAAACAAUCUGUGUAUGAUUUCUGUCCCAAAUGCUUAUGGGUGCUGAUAGAGUUUUGCUACAGUUUACAAAAGGUUCUAGUUGUUUCUGAUUGGUUGGGGUCUUGCUCUCAUGCCUCAAUCCUAACACACACACACACACACACACACACACACACAUAGACACAAUAUCUCGUUGAGAGGCACUUCCCUCCAUAUCCAAAUUCCUCAUUGUGCUAGUCUCAGAUCAGCGAAAUGUGUUAAGAGUAUUAUCAGGCCUCAGACAUCUACUACAACAAACUGAUCCCACAUCAGUCGACAGGCCUAUGCGUUUACAUUCAUUCCAUAUAAUCUCCAUAACAGUGAAUGGACAAGGUGCAUGGACGAUUAGGCUGCACAGCAAAGCAAACAAACUCAAAUCUUCUUAGAAUUGCAACCCCAAAAAAUAAAAAUAUUUUUUUUAAAACGGAUUCUUUAAAAAAUAUACAUGACCAGGCGAAUCAUUGAAUCAUGGAGCAUUUCUUUCAUCCACCUCUCUCUAGUUUAGCUUUGUGAACACCACCAUACUCCGGUUUCCUGUUUCUCUUAGCCUGAUUCCAAAUGGUUUGUAUGGGAUGAGAGAGAGUGAGUUAGCAGAUGUGUAGGGGAUGUCAUAGCGAGGCCAUAUGGCACAGCUGCACAGAUAGAAACCCAGCUCUAGGUCUGUCCCAGAUGCAACAUAUCUGUCCUAAAGCCGAUCCCAGUUCACAUACAGCCUGUUGGUCUCAGACAUUCCAUUAUUCUCUAUUGCACCUCGAGAGCUCUUUGGUUCUAGUCAAUUAUCAGUUAGCCAAAGCACCGCCCUCUCCCCUCUCCAUGCACACACUCAUCAUACCAUACACACACAUCACAUUAACAUCUGGAAUUAAAUUGCAUGCAUCCAAUGGCAUGUGGUGCAGAGAUUAUGUCAUUUGAUUCAAUGUUUUUCUUCCUGUUUGAUAGAACCAAAAGGUCUCUUAGAUGAACUCAGCUGCAGCACACGGGUGGGUGGGUGGGUGGGUGUAGUGAGUGGCUAGGGCGUGGGGUGUAACUGGGAGUCAGAGAGGAGAGGAUGAAUCUGAUGUUGGCUGUGCCUGAGCCCUAACCCACUCCUCCCAACCCCUAGCGCCCGAUUGCUUUUCCAGCUUGGUGAAUCUACGUUGUAUGUCAGCUUGAAUUGCUUUUCCAGCCAGACACACAUUCUUAUGCAAGAGCUCUAAAACCAGAGAUGAUCCUUCGAGAAACUAAGGCAUUUCAUGCAUUGGAAAACAUCACAGCGCCCAGCUAUAUUGUUCUAGAUAACAUGCUGAUUGUUUCUUGGGAGUAAAAAAAAGGGUUUCAUUUGAUUGGCAGCAGUAAUAUCACUGUUUCACAUGGUUUCUCACAGGUCAUUCCAAACAGCCUCCUGUACUCUUGAUCAGAAAUGACUGCCUUUGAGUACAUUUGUCUGUCUUUGUUUUUCUCUCUCACACACACACACUAUAUCGUUCUCUUUCCCAGUCUUAUGUCAAUCGCAGUGCUGGGUGGAGUGUAUUCCUAGUUAGAAAGAUAAUCCCAGUCUGGAGAUUAUUACCACAUCCAGAGGCGUACAGCCCCCACCCGUCCACCCCUCCCCUAAAAGAAAACAACCCAACCGCUUCUGGCUGUCUCUGGCUCUUCAUUAGCAAUCACUAAAAAUUGUUGCCAUGUGCCAACUACCAACACAUUCCACAACUCUAUAGAAAUGCUGUGAGUGUCUGGUGCAUUUGGCUUGUUACGAUGUGUAUAGUACACUAGGAUCUGUGUGUAGGUGACCCGGAAAAAAAGGCAUGUGUGUAUAGUUCACUAUUCCUUCCACUGUAUUGUUCAGUAGUGUCUCUGUGCAGAGGGAGUCCCUUUCCCUUUCCACCCUCAUCAUCAUCAUGGUGCCAACAGCAGCCAAAUCACUGCACCUAUACCCGCUCCUGCCCCCCCUCGCCUCUCCUCACUGCACACAUACCCCCUCCUCUUCCCUCAUCUGGCACUGUCAAGUCAGCCUCAUAACAAGAUGCACAUUGAACCCGUCUACGGGAAAGUUUCAUGAAAAACAGGUCCAUUGUCACUUUCCCGUCCAGACAGCUCAGAUUCCACACACGGUUUACUGUGAGACAGCUAUUCGACCUACACGUUGAUUUUGUCAUUCCGUCUCUCCUUCUGUCCACAGUGUCGUUUUCCACUCGUCUACUAAGUUGUCUCCACUUUGUUUUUUUUAAACCCUUUUGAAUUGAUGCUGCUUCUGUGCUUGUCUGGGUUUCACUGCGUACGUGGGUGCCAUGCUGUCCACAGUAUGGACUCUAGAGCUUGUAACGCUUCAAUGUGUAAUGUUACCAUAUGCCUUACAUGUUUUCCACGACUAAUAAAAAAGCAUAACGGAAAGAAAAAAAAAGAA